UCACUCAAUCACUGACAGCCUCUUCACUCGCAUGCGGUGCGAUGUUGUUGUUCAACAAUUCUCCCCAAAGAAGUUAACAAACGUGCUGAGCUAUUGAGUUAAUCGGUAAAAAUAGUGGUAUUUGACUUGCUAAAGUUGCACAGUAAAUCCUACAAAUACCAACAAUAAAAUGGGACGCUUCGGUCCAACGCAUCGUAAAAUCCCUGUGCCCAAACGGCACGGUGUUCGUGACCCGCUCAAACGGCUCGCUGAGAAGGAAGCUUCCAUUAAAGACAAAAUCAACAACCCUCCGAAGGAACACGAUGUGCAGGAGGUGUCGAACCGGUUCAAGCGCUUUAUGGCACUCGCGAACGAUGCCAGUCGCACCAGAAGGAAAAAGAAAGAACCGAGGAAAAAAUCGUCAUUACAGAUCGGCAACACGGUGGUUCAGAAACGUCCAAGAGAAUCCGAGGAGGCGUUCCUUAGCAGGGUUAGUAACGUGCAGCAUGAUCGCGAGGUGGAGGCCAGCUUUGGUAUGAAGUUCGGGGUGGAGGUGGAACACGAUGACCAAACGGGAAUAAUUCGUGUAGUCAAACGGAAGGGAAUCGAAGUCGAUGGUAUGUUGGAAAAGAUUACCGAUGAAAAAACCAACGCACGAAAAUCGAAGGCUGCCGAAAAGGCUAAAGCUCGCAAAGCAAUGAUAGCAGAGGAGAAGGCACUCAAAAAGCAGAAAGCGCUAGAAUCGCAACGGGAGGAGGAAGACCUAUUGCUGCGAGAGUACCAGUACGACCGGGUGCCUUUCGGUGAGGUGGUAAAGGAACCGCCGUCACUCCACACGCUGCCACGCCGUGCCACUAGAGAAGGUGUAGCACGGCCUGGUGCAAAAAGUCUUCUGCUCAGCUCGUUGCUGGACCCAAAACAAACGGAGGAAGAGGAGGAACCGCUCCCAAAGAAGUCGUCGAAAAAGGCAAAGGCAAAGGAAACGAAAUUAGAUCUUAAAGGCAAACGGAAGAACCUACCUGCCGCGACACGAAUGAAGAUCGAACUUGAACAGCAAAACGUGAUCGAAAUGUACCGACAGUUGAAGAAGAAAGCAAAGCAAUAAAUAAAUGUUGCGACGGAUCCUACCGCUUGGAGCAUGAUAUCAAGGUA